AUAUGAUCCCUGAAUUCUCGUUCUUAGUAUGGUUGCUAAUUUCAUUAGUAAUCAUCUUUUUAUUUGUUCGUUUGUUGUAUCUUACUUCUCUUUUUUGUAUCAUUAGUAGAUGUUUAACUAUUUUAGUAAACCAAUUUCAUAUCUACAAUCAAUACAAAAUCCCUCAAUACAAUGAUGAUUUUCAAGAAAAUCCAUUGUUUCGAAAAAUCUUUACUUACAUAAAAUCUUUGCCUUCUUUGGGGGAUUCCGAUUUUGCUGCUCUCUACUCAGGAGAUAAACCGGGUGAUAUUCUUGUGUCCUUAGACUCUAAUGGAUAUGUUAUGGAUACGUUUUUACAUGCUCAACUUAUUUGGAUGUAUAAUAAAAAACGCGACAAUGAUCAUGGAGGUGAAGUUGUGCUGAAGAUCAAGGCUAAGGAUAAGAAGAGGAUUUUGGUUCCUUACAUUCAACAUAUUUACAAGGUGGUUGAUGAGAUUGAGAAGAAGAAAAAAGAGCUACGAGUUUAUAUAAAUCGUUCUUCUUGUGUUGAUGGGCUUAAUAAUCCGUUGUGGAGAUCGUUUCCUUUUGUUCAUCCUUCGUCGUUUGAUAAUAUAGUGUUAGAUGAUGAUGUUAAGACCAAGGUUAAGAAUGGUCUUGAGUUGUUUUUGAAGUCUAAGCAGUAUUAUAACAAAAUUGGACGUGUUUGGAGACGUAGUUACUUGCUAUAUGGAGGUCCUGGUACGGGCAAGUCUAGCUUUGCAGCCGCGAUGGCAAAGUUUCUGUCGUAUGAUCUUUAUGAUAUCGAUCUUUCAAAGCCAUCGGAUUGCUCGGAUCUGAAGAUGCUCUUGUUGCAAACUACGAGGAAAUCAUUGAUCUUGAUCGAGAAUUUGGAUUGGUUUAUGAUGGGUGAAUCGAAUGGGAUUAGUUUAUCUAAAGUCUUGAAUUUUAUGGAUGGUGUUGUAUCAAGUUGUGGUGAAGAAAGAGUAAUGGUUUUUACCAUGAAUUGUAAAGAUCAUAUUGAUCCUUUGGUUUUAAGGCCUGGUAGAGUUGAUGUGCACAUUCACUUCCCAUUUUGUGACUUAAAUGGGUUUAAGGCUUUGGCUUUGAGUCAUUUGGGUUGUAAGGAUCACAAGCUAUAUGGUCAGGUGGAGGACUUGUUUCAACAAAACGGGUCGCGGUUAAGCCCGGCUGAGGUAAGUGAGAUUAUGAUAUCGAAUCGGAUGUCUCCUACUAGGGCUAUAAAGACUAUAAUCAAGGCAUUGCAAAGUGAAGAUGUUAAGCAACUAAAUAGUGGUGAACAACAACUAAAUAGGAGUGGUAGUGAUCAAGUUUUAGAGGAUUUAGAUGUACCGGACUCAAAAGUUAAGCGAGAUGCUUAUUAUGCAAUAAGGGAAAUUCAGAAAAUGUAUGGAAGAUUAAGAUUGAAAAAUAGUAGGACAAAAUCUUUAGAUUUAACUUAAACUUUGAGUAUAAGUAUAAUAUUUGUUUAUUAAUUUUAGAUUAAGUAGAGUAAAAUAGUUUGUAUUUUAAGAUUUUACAGAAAUUGUAAUAUUUGUUUAUUUAUUUAUUUAUUCAUUCUGUGAGGGGUGAUAUGUGUUACAAAGGUGACAAUUAAAUGGUAUAUGGUACAAUUAUUAAUUAUAUACAAUGUAAAUACCCCUUAAUGUUAUUUUAUAAGUAUAGACU